UGACUUCGGCGGAAAUUCUGAACACGUUUGGAUCGUUUCUUUCAAAAUUCGGGGAUAAUUUUAUUACCACUUGUUUCGAGGAUUUCAAAUGACAGACUAGUGUAAUAAGAGCGGUCAAAAUGGAAAAGAAAAUUGUUAAUUUGAAAAGUAUAAACCCUAAUUUCAAGAAUAUCGAAUAUGCAGUCUGCGGACCACUUUCCAUACGUGCGUCGGAAAUUGAAAAAGAAUUAAAACAGGGCAUUCAAAAGCCUUUCAGCGAAGUCAUCCGUGCCAACAUUGGAGAUUCCCAGGCAAUAGGUCAAAAACCUGUAACCUUCAUUCGGCAGGUUUUAACUUUGUGCAUGUAUCCAGCGUUGAUGAUAGAUGACAGAUUUCCGGAUGAUGUUAAGGAAAGAGCUGAAAAUAUCAUAAAAGCCUGUGGCGGAAACAGCAUUGGUGUGUACACGGAAAGUACUGGAUUAGAAAUAGUCAAGCGCCAUGUUGCGCAAUACAUAAAGAAAAGAGAUGGCUUUCCUGCAGAUUACUCAAACAUUAUGCUGACAACGGGCGCAACGGAAGGUAUCAAAAAUGUCUUCCGUUUGAUGAGUUAUUCUGCAAAUGGAAAAAGACCUGGCGUAAUGAUUCCUAUUCCACAAUACCCUCUUUAUUCUGCUACAAUUGCUGAAAACGGAAUGCAACAGAUCAACUACUAUCUGGAUGAAGACAAUGCUUGGGCUUUAAGUAUUGCUGAAUUGAAACGAUCCCUUAAAGAAUCAAAAAAUAUUUGCCAACCAAAAGCUUUGGUUAUUAUUAAUCCUGGAAACCCCACAGGUUCUGUUCUCACUUACGAAAAUAUUCAGGCGAUAAUUAAGUUCGCAUUUGAAGAAAAACUGCUCCUCAUUGCUGAUGAGGUGUAUCAGGAUAAUGUAUACGUUUCUGGCACCCAGUUUCAUUCUUUCAAAAAAGUAUUGAUGGAAAUGGGCGAGCCUUACAAGAAGAUGGAGCUGGUCUCCCUCAUGUCUGCUUCAAAAGGCUAUAUGGGCGAGUCCGGAGUUAGAGGUGGAUAUGUCGAACUGGUCAAUUUUGGUCUAGAUGUUAAGAAAAUGCUAUUCAAAUAUGCAUCUGCCGAUGGAUGUCCUAAUGUAUUAGGACAAGCCACGAUAUAUUGUAUAAUGAAUCCUCCACAAAAAGGAGAACCAUCUUAUGAUCUCUUCGUCAAGGAAAAAACAGCGAUUUUGAAGUCUCUGAAAGAACGUGCCCUGAUGGUCGAGAAUGCGUUCAACCGAAUGAAAGGAAUAAAAUGUAAUGCCGUCGCUGGGGCAAUGUACGCAUUUCCGCGAUUGACAUUACCAGAAAAAGCUAUUGAGAAAGCUAAGUCUUUGGGGCAAACUCCCGAUUUCUUCUACGUCAUGCAACUGCUGGAAAACACAGGAAUCUGUUUCGUCCCUGGAAGUGGAUUCGGUCAGUUGCCUGGAACGUUCCAUUUCAGGACAACCAUUCUACCUCAACCGGAAAAGCUAAAGAUUAUGUUGAAAAAAUUUGAGGAAUUUCAUAAUAAAUUUUUGGAAGAAUAUAAAUAGGCAGUUUCAAGAGUAACAGAUCUUCACUUUCUUAUUUGAAGUUCUUUCAGAAAAGAAGCUUUAUUUCAUCAGAAAACAUUUUAUUCGAAACAUUUGUUCGAUUUAUUCCGACCUGCGCAUAAAGAGAGCUUGUUACAUUUCUGAGACACGCAUCAAUGUUUCAGACAUAUAAAAAGUAUUUGGAAUGAUUAACUAGUUAUUUGAAAUAGAAAUUUGUAAGCUAUUUUUCGGAGCAAUUUUAUAAAAAAACUGCACAAUUUUAUGAGCAUUUUUAAUACAUAGUUGCAUUUACUUACUUUUAUGUUUAAAGUUGAUUGUA